AUGGCGACAUUCCCAGAACUGGUCGUCUGCUCGCUGACAUGGCUAUCUGCAGCCACAAGCACCCGGAAAGGCAAACGGGGGAUUCCUGGCAGUCCUGGGUACCUUGACAUCAGUUUCUUCCGGAUUGCUACACGUAAGUGGCAACAUGUCUCCCUGGAGAAAGCAUUUGAAUCAUCAUCUUUCAAAUUCAACAUUGAGUCAUCUCGUGUUGAGCUUGAUCGAGGGAUGAUUGAAAUAAAUGCAGAUGAUGACAACAUAGUAGAAAACCUUGCCCUUGCCUUCAGUGUGUCUCUACUGCAUGUUCUGUGUCAGCCCCGGCCUCGGGGAUGGGAGCCAGGACACACACUCGACACAUGUGACAAAAGAGGAACUAAAGUUAUCAGGUCUAUCCCAUCCGAGAAUUUAGCAUUGGUUCUUGCUUGUGGGUUCCUUGCUGCUACUCCAUCCAAUUUCUUCAUUCGGUCCCGUCAGAGAGAUCCUGAGAGUGUGAAGGGGUGGACAUCAGGGGAGGGGAAGCUCCUGGAGGAGCAUUAUGAGGAGGCCACUUGGGGUGGUGCAGAGCAGAGAGAGGAGAGAGUUCGAGAGGAGCUUGCUGCAGCUGUUUGGGGUGGGGAUAUGGGUAAUGGGGAAGACAAGCAUGAAGACCAGGCUCCAGAGGAGACAGCCAAACAGUUACAUUGUUCAGAAUCUGAUGUUGAGAGUGGAAAGAGUGAAGGAGACUGUGAGGAAGAAAAGGGUGAAGAUACUGAUGAUAACCAUCUCACAGAUGAAGAGGAAAGACAAAAUAAGGACGACCCUGAAAUUGAAGACAUUACCAAAUAUGACAGUGAUACUUUGGAAGUUGAUGAGUAUCUUGAUGAAGCACUUGAGAAGGAUGAGGAGAUUCUUGAUGACAAUGAGGAAGACAAUAGCCUGAAUGAUGAUAGUGAUCGUGUUAUUGAUGACAACAGACCAGGAGAAGCUGAUAAAGGGUUUGAUGAUGAUGCUACCUCUGAGACAGGACUGCUGGCUGAUGAAGACCAGGAUCUUGGGGAUGACCAUGUUGCUGCUGCUGAUGAUCAAGAUCAAGGGGAAUAUGAAGAUCUUGACAAUGAUGACUUUGGUUAUGCCAAGUUCGAAACUGAAACUUUUGGGGGAGAAAAUGAUGAAAACUUUGGAGAAAAUGAACAAGAAUUUGGAGAUUUUGGUCUUUGUGAAAAUAGUGAUGUUGGACUGCUGGAUGGUCAAGGUGAUUUUGACACCGCAGAUGACGCUUAUGCUUUGGGCAUUUUGGAUGAUGAUGCAGGGGAUGUGCAGGGGUUUGGGAUUACAGACACAGAAGGAUGUGCUUCACAUGACGAUGUGACAGAGAUGCUAGCUUUGGGAUAUUCAGAUACACAAGAGGAUUAUUACCUUGGUGGGACUGGAGAUGAUGAAUUUGUGGAUGGGGGGAACAUAUGGUGGUGGAGACGACUAUUUAUCUUUGGGUGUGUAUGAUGAUACAGGGGUUGAUGAUUGGACCCUUGGUGGAGGAGAUGGUAUAACUUCUGGAAAUGCUGAUGGUGGAGGUUGUGGUGGAUGUGGAGGAGGUUGGAAUGGUGGUGGAGAGGGCGGCACAUUCAGUGGA